ACAGAUAAUAACAACCGGAAUCCGGGCUAGCAUGUGGAGACAGUCCUGUUGGACCAUAACUAGCUCGUGUUAACGCACGCGUACGGCAGCUAGUUCCCCGGACACCUCGCUUCUUUGUUGGCGAAGAGAAGAAAGCCCCCCCGACCAAGCAGCAGUAAUGUCGGCCGACGGCGUGUUCAGGACCCGCUCUCUCGGUGUCGCCGCAGAGGGACUUCCGGACCAGUACGCCGACGGCAAAGCGGCCAAAGUCUGGGAGCUGUACAUCGGGGACACUCAGAGUAGGACCCAGGAGUACAAAAGCUGGGUGGUGUCUCUGCUGAAGGAGCACGGAGUGCAGAGAAUACUGGACGUUGCCUGCGGAACAGGCGUUGACUCCAUCAUGUUGGUGGAGGAAGGCUUUAAGAUGGUCAGCGUGGACGCCAGCGACAAAAUGCUCAAGUACGCCCUGAAGUCCAGAUGGGAGAGAAGAAAAGAGCCGGCGUUCGACCAGUGGGUGAUCGAAGAGGCCAACUGGUUGACGUUACCGGACGAUAUUAAGAAGCCCGGCGCCGGCUUUGACGCCGUCAUCUGCCUCGGUAACUCAUUUGCCCACCUACCGGACUUUAAAGGGGACCAGAGCGACCAAAAGUUGGCCCUUCAGAAUAUCGCCAGCAUGGUCCGACCAGGUGGGAUCCUCAUCAUCGACCAUCGUAACUACGACUUCAUCCUGGAGACGGGCCAGGCGCCACAGGGCAAAAACAUCUACUACAAGAGUGACCUGACUCAGGACAUCUCCACCUCGGUGCUGUGGGUCAACAACAAGGCCCACAUGAUCACUCUGGACUACACCAUCCACGUGCCGAAGGCCGCCGUCCAGAAUCUGCCCGAAGUCAGUAAGUUCCGGUUGUCCUACUACCCUCACUGCCUGGAGAGCUUCAAAGGCCUACUGAGGGGGGCCUUCGGCGGCAAAAUGAAGCACAGCGUGUACGGAGACUUCCAGACGUACGUGGCGGGCCAGUCCAAGGCGCCGUGCUACUUCAUCCACGUCUGCAAGAAGGACGCCUGAGAGUCGGACCCGGGCCGCCCCGCAGCCCGCCAGACGGCAGCGCUCGCUCUGCUGCUACGGCGAAGUGGUAUCGGAAGUAUUGUUUAAGAAAAAAAUGUUUUAUCUUUUGUAAAAAAAUAUAUAUAUAAAUAUAUAUCAUUAUAUAAAAACACACAACAGUUAGAAGUUGUUAAAAUUAAAAUUAAAAGUGGUUGAUUCUGAUCGUUCUCGCUAAACUAAAAACCUGCUCAAGGCUCAAAUAGUAAUGACGCUCGCCUCGUUGGUUCGCGUGCUCGUGUGCUGACCGGCUGCAGGUGAUCACGACCAAAAGUCCAACCACGUUAAGCGACUGGUUUGGCCGCAGAAUAAAGAUGGCCGCAGCGUUGCCUGGUUCGGUGAGCCUGCGGCACAAAGAGGUCAAAGUUCCAAAAGAAGUAUUCAGAAUGUGUUGGACCAGUGUUCUCCCCGCAUGUGGUGCUGCUUUGUGCCGGAAAAGUGAACAAAAUGAUCCCAUGUCACCCCACUGCGAGUCUGCUACUGCAUGAUGGCAGUUUACAUUCAUUACUUAACUUUUAUCGGACCCCCCCCCCCCCCCCACGUCCUUCUUGACGUCACCAGAUAGUCAGCUGGAGAUUGUGAAUCACGUGACACCUUAAAAAGGUCCUUUUAUGCACACGCUGAACACUCUGAAGGGCUCUUGGGUCCCCUCAGGCCACAGUGCGGAAUGACCUCUGACCUCUAAAAGGUACAAAAAUAAACAAACAAAUAAUCAUUUUAAGUAAGACUUGUCAUAUUUGAAGGCGUCUCUAGUUUUCCUGACUUUAUGGUACAAUUAAAAGUGUCUCUUUGAGCCCUAAACGGCUACAACAUUCGGGUUAGUGCACUAAGCUGGUCCAACAAAUGCAUUUAAUCAAAAAUCAGUCUUAAAUAGUUCUCAACCAAAGAUUUUUGAAAUGCGUUAUUUCCUGCUCAAUGUUGGAAUGUUUUAAAAUGUAAAUGUUAUACAAUCGUGCUGCACAGCGUCUCAAAGAAUUGAGCUUACACAAAUAAUAAGAGGAGCACGAUGAAAGAAUCAUUUAUUUUCUGUAUAAUUCAUGUUCAGAUACAUUUGCUUUGACGG